UAUCCAUCUGUCAACCCUCCAUUUCUCCCUUCAUUCCCUUUCGCUGUCAAAACGCCACACUGGCGAUGUCGGAGUCUUACGAUUUCCUGUUUAAAUUCCUGGUGAUUGGGAAUGCUGGAACUGGCAAAUCCUGCCUGCUGCACCAGUUCAUCGAGAAGAGAUUUAAGGAUGAAUCCAACCACACAAUUGGAGUGGAGUUUGGCUCCAAGAUCAUCAGUGUGGUCAACAAAAUGGUCAAACUGCAGAUUUGGGACACUGCAGGACAAGAACGGUUCAGGUCUGUGACCAGAAGUUACUACAGAGGAGCAGCAGGAGCGCUGCUGGUUUAUGAUAUCACCAGUCGAGAGACAUACAACGCUCUGACUACAUGGUUGAGCGAUGCCAGGAUGCUGGCCAGUCAGAACAUCGUCAUCAUCCUGUGUGGAAACAAGAAGGACCUGGACGCUGAUAGAGAGGUCACGUUCCUAGAAGCUUCACGCUUCGCUCAGGAGAACGAGCUGAUGUUCCUGGAGACCAGCGCUUUAACAGGGGAGAACGUCGAAGAGGCCUUUGUCCAGUGUGCUCGGAAAAUCCUCAACAAGAUAGAGUCAGGGGAGCUGGAUCCAGAGAGGAUGGGGUCAGGUAUCCAGUAUGGCGAUGCUGCGUUACGACAGCUUCGUUCUCCUCGUCGCGCUCAGCCACAGGGCACCCAGGAGUGUGGCUGCUAGUGGGCGCACCCAGUAACAUACGCAGACAAGUGUGUUUCAGACAGGUUUGUGAAGACCAGGAGAAGAACAGCCAUGUGGGACCCAGAUGAUGUUGGGUUCAGGUUGCUAUGCCGGUGACUCCUCCCUGACUCCUCUUUGACCUUCGCACGGAACCUUCUGAACCUUCGUAGUCAUGGCUGCACCUGAAGAGAGCCCCCUCCCCUCCCACCCCCACCCCGACCUCCUGACCCCCCACACUCUCCAACAACCUACUCCACUAAUGGACCAAACCCCAGCUAGCCCUUGAAUCAGGAUGAGAAUUACUGACAUUUGUGUAACUUAUCUCUCUCUUACUUGUUUUCCUGCCAUCUACACUACUUCACCACAUACUUAUCUCUCCAUCCACCUUCUCUAAUUUCCUAUUAACCUUCUAUACCACCUACUUAACAGCUUGCUCCCCUGUAAUAAACUUAACAGUCUACUGACUCCCAUGCAUUUUGCACUCCCUUCAUGCCUUCUGCACCCCCUGCUUGCACAUUUUUUCUCCCAGUAAGCGUCCCUUGGUAAAUACAUUCAUCGCCACCUCCUCCACAUUCUGCCUGGACCUGCUGAGCCUCUGCACAAACUUCCCCUCCUGCCCUCCAUCCCUUCCUCUCUUGCAUUUCUUUUCCCUCUUACCUUCCCUCACAUCUACCUGCCUGUCUCUUUAACACCACGCUCUCUGUCUUUCUAAAUCUCUGCCCUUUCCCUCCUACAGCAUCGUAUACACUGUACAGUGUUUCUGUAUAUAGAGACUGACGCAUGUUUUCUCCAACAGAAUAUCAGAGUAUUUCAUUUAUGAAGAGAUAUUAUAUGUAUAUUGAAGUAGGUAUCAUAUUCAGCAUCCGUUACAUUGUUCACUGUAUUAUUAUUAUUAUUAUUAUUAUUAUUAAUAUUAUCAUGUUAAGCUACAAUACACUGGCAACUUGUGAGCAGUACACAUGAGCAGUACUGUUUGCAGCGAUUUGUAUAUUUGUAAAUGAGACAAGUUGAUGUGGAUGACAUCACGGAUUUACUAGUUUAUGUGGAAAAAUGCUGUUUAUCAUUGUUCAUGCUCAUAGAUUAAAAAACAGACACAGCCAGGCAGAAAUACUCUGAACAGACUUUCUGUUAGUUCAGUUAAAUCAUCUGGAGCAUAAAUAUCUUGUCAUAUCUUAAUUUACACUUGCUCAUCCAGCAUUCACCUUUCAGAUAAAUUACCUAUCUGACAGCGUAAUGUCCUUUAUUUUAAAUGUUGUUUACAUGAAAACCUGACUGACUGACUGCUGUGGUAAAAACGGUCAAAUGCAUUUCAAGUUUUAGCAACGAUGUGAAACUGUCUGAUGUGUGCUUGAUUCAUUUUGUCUCCAAAGAUACUGUUUGUCUCUCAACAUCAAACAGUUUUGACACACGAAGCUCUCAACUAAAACCACUUCAAUUUGGGGAUUUUUUUUACAUAUUAGAUUUAGAUUUAAUGAAAAAAUGUGUUUUGAAAGUUUCUUUACCUUGUUGUAAAGGUCAUCAUGGUUGACAUAGUUGUAUACAAGCAUGAAGACGUCACUCUUAUAUGUUUAUUUACAUUUUUUAACAUUGUAGAAAUUAGGAAUGAAUAAAAACUACACUUUAAAUCAAGCACAUGUCAAACAGUUGGUCUGAUGGUGGCUUUGGCUGCUUUACAUCAGGUUGCUUAUUGUCUCAUGUUUAUGUCAUUAAGUCCUUAGUUUAUCUUCAUGUAUGUCUGUUUUUCUCUCGUCAUUAUGAAUAUCAUGGAUUUUUAAUUUAUUGUGUAUGAUAA